CAUCUCGCAUUAUAUAUAUGCGCGAUUGUCGGUGUCGCAACUCACGCAUUUAAUGCAAGUUCGCCAUCUGCGGGCAAUCACAACAAACAAAUGCUGCACGUGCAGUUUAAACCAAAGCAGACAACACAAAACCAAUGGGCGAAAAUAGUGCCGACCAAACGGCAAACACUCGAACAUUUAUAUUACUUUAUACGUUUCUUUGAAAAUUCAGUAUUUUAAUUGAAAUUCUCCGACACCGUUCGAUGGGCGAUUUAUUUUAUUAAAAUCAGUUUCCAGUUUCAUUGAUCGUGUCUCUUGUUUCGACGUGAUGUUUAGCUAACGCCGGUUUUAGAGCGUAUUAGAGGUUACGUGCUCAAAGCACCAAACAAUUGAAAAUGCAUCAGUUACGAACAUUACUGAGAAGCUCCAAACUGUUUUUCGAGCUGCUUCAUAGAAAUCCGAACUCUCAUUUUUUGAGGAGAAAAAACUUUUCUACAAACGAUAGACCAGCAGUGAUCCUAGGCAUAGAAACAAGCUGUGACGACACUGGCAUCGCAAUAGUUGACAGUACGGGUAAAGUAUUGGGUGAAGCUCAUAAUUCACAAAUAACCUUCCAUUUACCAUUAGGUGGGAUCAAUCCACCGAAUGCUCGUGCUUUGCACUUGCAAAAUAUUCAGAGCGUCUAUGAAGAAUGUCUGCGAUCUGCCGAUUUGAAAUUGAGCGAUGUAGAUGCUAUUGCUGUAACAGUGGAACCUGGAUUACCAUUGUCGCUAAUUGUAGGAAGAGAUUUUGCUUUGAAUUUAUCCAGAGUAGCUGACAAACCUUUGAUACCCAUUCAUCAUAUGAAAGCUCAUGCUUUGACAGCGAGAAUGACUCAAAAGGUGGAUUUUCCAUUUCUCGUAAUGCUCAUAUCGGGUGGUCAUUCCUUACUUGCAAUAGCAGAAUCACCGGAUCAGUUUAAAUUACUUGGUCAAACCUUUGACGAUGCACCUGGUGAAGCUCUUGAUAAAGUGGCACGAAGAUUAAAACUGAUGAAUAUUUUAGAGUACUCUGAAAUCAGUGGAGGAGAAGCUAUCGAAUUAGCUGCAAGAAAAGCAGACAAUCCUGAUCAAUUUAAUUUUCCUGGAAUUUUAAUGAGCUACAGAGACUGUAAUUUUAGCUUUUCUGGCUUAAAAAAUAUAGCCAGAAGGCAUAUAAUGGAUCAAGAAGAAACACAUAACAUUAAGUUAGAUGCUAUAAUCCCAGAUGUAAACAACCUGUGUGCAGGAUUCUUAAUUUCAAUGACAAGGCAUUUAUGUCACAGAGCUCAGAGAGCAAUGGAAUUCGUUUUGAAAAAAGAGUUAUUCCCAGAAGAUAACAGAACUUUUGUUGUAUCCGGUGGAGUAGCUUCCAAUAAUUUUAUUGCCAAUGCUCUUAACAAAGUUUGCCAAGAAACAGAAUUCAGAUUUGUCCGACCUCCACCAAGACUCUGCUCCGACAAUGGCAUUAUGAUCGCGUGGAAUGGUGUGGAAAAAUAUCUGACCAAUUCUGGUGUAUUAAGAGAUAGGAAUGAAAUAGACAAAGUGGACAUUGCACACAGAUCACCCAUUGGCGAGGACUGGAGAAAAAUAGUGCUCGAUGAAGGUAUAAAAAGAAAAUGGGUUAAAUUAAAAUUCAAUGAAUUAAUAGAUAGAUAAUUAUUAACGACUAUUAUAUAGUUUGUACAUAUUGUAAAAAUGUAAAAAAAAUUUACACGUCAAUAUUAAUUAUUUUGUAUGAAUAAUUCAUAUUUUUAUAAUUAAACAUUAACUAUUUUUAUUUACA